CCCGAGUCAGAGGGCUCUGACCUCGCCUUUCCUCGCUCUUCCCGUGAUCGACAUGUCGAACACGAUGGAGGACUCCGGCGCCAUUCUUCGCGAGAUAUCCUCUUUUAAGGACAUGCUCGACCAGGAAGCAAAACUGACAAGCUAUUUUCGAGAUAGUAAUGGAUUGUUCUGAAUGGUGUUCGGUAGGUCAAUGAAGAGAUUGAGAAGAAUAUUCAGAGGACAAGAGAAAUUGAGUCAGAAAUUUUAAAGCUUUCUGAAAUUGAAGAUGGUCAUAUCAUGAGGGAAUGUGAGUUGUCAAAGAUCAUAACAAUUAGGGGUUUUGAGCUUGAAGCUUCAAUCCAAGUAGCUGCCAUUUCAAGGGCCUCUGCAGAAUCAAUGGAAAGGGAAUCAGGAUCUCUAAAGAUUAACCGUGAUAUCAUUGAGAAAAGAAUUUAUGAUAAAAGGGAAAAGUUCAUUCUUCAAUGUUGUGAAUUUCAAGAUGAUAUGACAAUUGCGAAAAAUAACGAAUUAAGUCGCCUUUUAUCAGAAAAAAAGGCACUUGAAAAUGAGAAACAAACUGUGACUAAGAAAAUGACUGCCCUAGAAAAUUCUACUGAGGAACUUAUUGAAGAGAUUCUUCAAGAAAUUCACAAGUCUAAUUCAGAAAAUCGUUAUCAAGACUGUCGCUAAUCAAACUAAGACUCAAAUACAUAUUGGUUAAAGCUAAAGACGGUUCACGUUGCACGAGCCACAAGAUGAGAGUACUGGAUCCUUAUUCUGGUUCAUUCGCAAGCUUACAGCUUAUUUGGACUGUGAGUCAUAUGAUGGGUGAUGGUUUUUGCCCACCAGAGAGAUAGGAUUGUUCUCUUCGUUGGUCCACAACUUGAAAACACAACAUUACAUGACCAUUGGAUGCUGAGAUACAUAAUCAAAGAUCAGAAUACAUGGGAGUGAUCGAUGACAUCAAUGAUUUGAGGAUUCUGUUAGGAUCCAUCAGUUCGUUUGAAGAUUCUUAAAUUUCAGCAACCAUGUUUCCCCUCAAGUCACAUGCUUUGAGCAAAAUUUAAUGCACAAGGAAGGCUGCAAGUUUCUUUUUGUUCUUCAAAGAAUUGGUUCAGUUUGAAGAUUUUUUUCUUCCGGUGCUUCUUUCUUCUACAAGCUAGUUUUUUCUUCAGUGGCAUUGUAUCGACGGGCAGCCAUGGUCCAUUAUAUUUUUCAGAAGAUGGUACUCUUUGCUUACAGAAAACAAUUGAUCUACAGAUAUUGUCACUAAACCAAUAACAUGCUCUAUGAAGGAUAAAUGCAUCUCUGUAUGUGGUUCCUAUUCUAAAAAUUGAACAAUUAGCACCGAUCAAGUAUUUUUGUGCCGCCAUGAGUUUGCUAUGAUUUAAAGAUGUCAUUGGCUUUUCUUCCAAUUAUCUCAUAUUUUCAUGGACCAGCCAUUGCUUCAUGAUGAACAAAAUAUCCCGUGGCUUUCAGCAUGAUAAAUAGAUUUUUCAUAAUUUUCUUCUCUUCUUUUACGUCGGAUGUCUGCAACUUAUCAGGCUAUUCAUUCUUGUUCAUGACAACUUUUUGCGAAGAUUCAUUUAUACUCUGUUAGAAUGUUUCAAUUUGAACUGUAUUUUUUUUGUUUUCAGAAUUUGAAAGCGGAAACUGAAGGGCAAUGAACUGUAGGAAGAACUUGGAUAUUGUAUAUUGAGAUUUAGACAUAUUGUUGUAUUACAUUUAUUUCUUCCUGUGCUAUAAUUUUUUUAUUAUUGUACAGAUAACAAAAUGAGUAUUAUAUAUAUAUAUAUAUAUAUAUAUAUAUAUAUAUAUAUAUAUAAGAGACUGAAGCAUCAUAACGUGCGUUGCAGUAGUAUUCUUUUUUGCUGGCACGUUUCUGCCACCUCCUUUGUUUCGUUCUCUUCCUCUAUAUGAGCAGCUCGACUCUUGCUGUGGUGGGAGACCGAUAGCGGCUUGGGAGGAGGAGGAGGGGCGUGAUGGUGGAGCACUUGCUGGGGCUGCUGAGGGUGCGGGUGGCGAGAGGCGUAAACCUCGCCGUGCGAGAUGUCACCACCAGCGACCCUUACGUCGUCCUCCGAAUGGGCAAACAGAAAUUGAAGACCAGAGUAAUAAAAAAGAAUACUAAUCCUGUUUGGAACGAAGACUUGACACUCUGCAUCGAGGAUCCUUCACUUCCAGUCAGGCUUCAAGUGUUCGACAAGGACCGGUUCACCAAGGAUGACGCCAUGGGCCAUGCGGAGUUCGACAUCCGCCCAUUUCUGGAGGCCGUGAAAAUGAACCCGCAAGGCGUUCCCGAGGGCACCAUAAUACGGAAGGUGGUGCCCUGCAGACAGAACUGCUUGGCGGAAGAGAGCGUUGUGCGCUGGUGCCAUGGGCAGGUGACUCAAGACCUCGCUCUCAGGCUCAAAGAUGUGGAACGAGGUGAAGUCGAGCUGCAGCUGCAGUGGGUCGACAUUCCAGGUGCCAAGGGCUUGUAGAACCCUUCCUCUGCUCUGUAGAGCACUUGCCAUCCGAUCGCCACCACACCUGCGUUCUGUUGUUCUGCCUUACUAUGUAUCUCCUUAAUUUCUCCUACAGAUCCUUCUCCAUACUUUGCCUUGUUGAUCUGCUACUGAGGUAAAUGUACAGAUUUCUGGGUGAAACAAUGCUCAGCCUGAGCUAUGAA